CCGGCCCGGGGCCGCAGUGGCCGCCGCCGAGCCAGGCUGCUCAGAGCGCCCGGGCGCAGACGGGUCCGCGGGCCGACGGGGCGCGCAGAGCAGACACUUUCACUCCUGGAAUCGAGGGACAGGGUCGCUGACAGGGAUGUAGAGCGCAGUCUCCACGCCCUGAUGCCUGAGUAGGGAUCCUGGCCGGGUCCCCCCCCUCCCUUGCCCAGGGGCAGUGCCGGGCGGAGAGAUGGAGAAGUGGGUGGGCAGGCCUCGCCUGUGUCUUAUGCUGCUUCUGUCCCUCCCUCAGCUCUGCCUGGACCAGGAGGUGUUGUCUCCUCAGACACCCCCAGAGGAGGGCCGGGGCCCUGAGGGUGUCUGGGGAUCUUGGGACCAGUGGGCCUCUUGCUCCCAGCCCUGUGGGGUGGGGGUGCAGCGCAGAAGCCGGACAUGUCAGCUCCGCCCAGGCCUGCCCUUCCCUCCCAGACCCCCAAGACAUCCAGAAGCCCUUCGACCCCGGGGUCAAGGCCCUAGACCUCAGACUUCCAGAGAAACCCACUCCCUGUACAGGCCACCGCCUCAGGGAAGGGGUGGCCCCCUUCGAGGUCCUGCUUCCCAGCUAGGGAAAGAAGAGACCCAGGAAGCUCAGGGGCCACAGAGGUCCCGGGUUCGAGACCCCAUCAAGCCAGGAAUGUUCGGCUAUGGAAGAGUGCCCUUUGCCUUGCCACUGCACAGGAGCCGCAGGCACCCCCCGAGGUCCUCCAGAUCUGAACUUCCCCAGACCUCUUCUGGAAGGGAAGGACACUUUCCAUCCCUGAGUCCCAGGGCAGAGCCAUCCUCUGCAAACCCCGGCUCCCAGACUCAGCUCCCUCCUCCAGAACCAUCUGCCCCUAUCCCAUCCCUCCCAGAAGAACCCCCAAAGUCUGAAGCUGCUCAGAACGAGGUGCCCCCAAGAACCAGUCCUGUCCCCACACAGCCUCACCCCAUAGCCCAAGCCUCUAGCACAGGGUCUCUCUCACCUUCCCCUUCCUUGGGAGAAAGUGGCUCUUUCCACAUGUCUUCUCAACCAAGAAUGCCACAUUCUCAGGGUUGGGCCAGUCCCUGGGGAGCAGGAAGCCGCCUUGACCCUUUCCCUCCUGUCCCUCGGGGACAAGGUCAGCAGAGACAAAGGCAUUGGAGACCUGGGGGAAACCCUUAUGGGUCCCGCAGGGAGCCUGCCCCUCACCCACCAGAUGGCUGGUUGCCUCUGCUGAAUGCUGGACCCCACUCCAGCUCCCUCUGGAGCCUCUUUGCUCCUAGCAGCCCUGUCCCAAGAUGCUCUGGGGAGACUGAGCAGCUGAGAGCCUGCAGCCAAGGGCCCUGCCCACCUGAGCAGCCAGAUCCCCGGGCCCUACAGUGCGCAGCCUUUGACUCCCAGGAAUUCAUGGGUCAGCUGUACCAGUGGGAGCCCUUCACUGAAGUUCAGGGAUCCCAACGCUGUGAGCUGAACUGCCGUCCCCGCGGCUUCCGUUUCUACGUCCGUCACACUGAAAAGGUCCAGGAUGGGACCCUGUGUCAGCCUGGAGCCCCCGACAUCUGUGUGGCCGGACGCUGUCUGAGCCCUGGCUGUGAUGGCAUCCUCGGGUCUGGCAAGCGUCCAGAUGGCUGUGGAGUCUGUGGGGGUGACGGUUCUACCUGUCGCCUCAUUUCGGGGAACCUCACGGACCGAGGGGGCCCUCUGGGCUAUCAGAAGAUCCUCUGGAUUCCCGCGGGCGCCUCCCAGCUUCAGAUUGCCCAGCACCGGCCCAGCUCCAACUACCUUGCUCUUCGUGGCCCAGGGGGCAGGUCCAUCAUCAAUGGGAACUGGGCUGUGGAUCCCCCUGGGUCCUACACAGCUGGUGGAACUGUCUUCCAGUAUAACCGUCCUCCUCGGGAGGAGGGAAAGGCAGAGAGUCUGUCAGCUGACGGCCCCACAACCCAGCCUGUGGAUGUCUAUAUGAUCUUUCAGGAGGAUAACCCUGGGGUCUUUUAUCAGUAUGUCCUCGCUUCACCACCUCCAGUCCCCCAGAGCGCCACUGCGGAGUCUCCCAUCCAUCGGGUUCAGCCUGAGAGGCUGCGGGGGGAGCCCCCAGCUGCUUCAGCACCCCGCCCAGUCCGGACCCCAGGCACCCUCCAGCGCCAGGUACGGAUCCCCCAGAUGCCUGCCCCUGCCCAUCUCAGGACACCCCUGGGGUCUCCAGCUGGAUACUGGAAACAAGUGGGACACUCCAAGUGCUCAGCGUCCUGUGGAGAAGGUGUUUGGCGCCCCAUUUUCCUGUGCAUUUCUCGAGAGUCAGGAGAGGAGCUGGACGAACACAACUGUGCCAUGGGUGCCAGGCCUCCAGCCAACCCUGAACCCUGCCACAACCCGCCGUGUCCUCCAUAUUGGGAGACUGGUGAGUGGACAUCCUGUAGUCGCUCCUGUGGCCCAGGCACCCAGCACCGCCAGCUGCACUGCCGGCAAGAGUUUGGGGCAGGUGGCUCCUCUGUGCCUCCGGAACGUUGUGCACAUCUUCCCAGGCCCAACGUGACCCAGCCCUGUCAGUUGCGCCUCUGUGGCCAUUGGGAGGUGGGCUCUGCCUGGAGCCAGUGUUCUGUCCGGUGUGGCCGAGGUCAGAGGAGCAGGCAAGUUCGCUGUGUUGGAAACAACGGCAAGGAAGUGCAUGAGCAGGAGUGUGCUUCGGGCCCCCCCCAGCCCCCCAGCAGAGAGGCCUGUGACAUGGGGCCCUGUACCACAGCCUGGUUCCACAGUGAAUGGAGUUCCAAGUGCUCAGCUGAGUGUGGGACAGGGAUCCAGAGACGUUCUGUGGUCUGUCUCAGGAGUGGGGAGAUGCUUAGGGCAGGGCCAGAGGAAGCAGGAACAGGAACCAGUGAGCAGAGCUGCCCACCAGGAAGCCGCCCUCCUGACAUGCGUGCCUGCAGCUUGGGGCCCUGUGAGGUCACCAGGUGUUGGUACACAGGGCCCUGGGGGGAGUGCUCCUCAGAAUGUGGCUCUGGCACACAGCGUAGAGAUGUCAUCUGUGUGUCCAAACUGGGGACUGAGUUCAAUGUGACUUCUCCUAGCAACUGUUCCCACCUGCCCAGGCCCCCUGCUCUGCAGCCCUGUCAGGGUCAGCCUUGCCAGGACCAGUGGUUUGCUACUCCCUGGAGUCCGUGUUCUCGCUCCUGCCAGGGGGGCACACAGACAAGAGAGAUCCAGUGCCUGAGUGCCAACCAGACCCUCAGCACCCGAUGCCCUCCACACCUGCGACCCUCCAGGAAACGACCCUGUAACAGCCAACCCUGCAACCAGCGCCCUGAUGAUCAGUGCAAGGACAGCUCUCCACAUUGCCCCCUGGUGGUACAGGCUCGGCUCUGCGUCUACCCCUACUACACAGCCACCUGUUGCCGCUCUUGUGCCCAUGUCCUGGAGCGGAGCCCCCUGGAGCCUGCCUGAAAUGGUUCCAGGACACUCUCUCCUUAUGUUUUCUUAUGCCAUCACUGGUCUCAUCAGUGAACCCACUUUGUACUCCCUGGUUCUCUAGACUGCCUCAGUCUCACCAGGGUGUCCUCCAGAAUGACUACAGGGGCAAAGUGACUGAAGGGGACUAUCGAGAUGUGUGACUGGGUCUGUAUAUGUGGUAUGAUGGUGUGUGUGCACAGAUGUCCCCAGAUGUGUAUCUGGGCCUGCAGGGGUGUGCACCCCUUUACCUGUGUGUCACUUCCCAAAAAGAAAUUAUUUAAAUUGAUAAGGAGUGGGGAGGGGACAAUACUUGUUUCCCUGAGACUUUMUAAGCUGAGAGAAAAGCAAGUUUGCAGUUCCUUACUAAUCUGAGCUACUUAAAAAGUGUGGCUUCUCCAUCAAACACAAUUUUGUGCCCUAAACCUCAUCUCUUAUGUUCAGGCCUCACAUCUUCUCAACCAUCCUUCUGGACUGGGGGGUGGAGCUCAGUUGUAGGGCACCGGCCUACCAUGCCCAAGACAAGUACUAGGUUCCAUCCCCAGUACUCCAGAAAUUAAAAAUGAACCACCCUUUUGUCUUGGAUCCCAUUUCCCCUUACCCAGACUCUAUUUCUUUCUCCCUACUUAGCUAAGGGUGGGAGGUCAGCCAUAGCAAUCCUGCUUUACCCACAAAGGAUUGCCUCUUGGAACAGGGACCAGUUGGGCAGAGGGUGGAAAAAAGAAAUGUUACCAUAAGACACUCUAGCCUCUGUCCCCACUUCCCACCUCCUAAAAUAGUUCCUUCCCCAGAACUAAUUUAUUUUUUAUUAAAGUUGAUUAUGACAAGUAAAAAAUAUGCCUUUCAUUGUCCUUGUGGGAACACAGCCAUCUGAGCCACCUAAGCAGUGUGAGGUCAGAAUUGAAGGUAGGAAGGGUACUCAGGUU